AUGUCAUUGGUGAACGUCACUACUCAAUUGGAGGGAAUGCGGAGUGAAAUGAAUUUGUUGCGAGCGGAAAACUAUAGACUUCGUAGUGUAAUUGGCGAACUUCAGGCCCAUCCUCCACACGUUUCGAGCACACCGCAUCGUAAUGCUCCUACGCAUGGAGAUGGUUCGCGCGGUCACCGGUAUAGUGAAACCGAGAACUUUGAGAACAGUAAUGAACGUGAAUCGAUCGUACAAUAUCGUAGUGCCCCACCUCGCGGAGACGGGAUACGAGGUCAUCGCUUCGAUGAAGUCGAAGAUCAUUUGGAUGGUGUCAGUGAACAUAGUCUAGAAGCGACCCGAUAUCGUCGGGGCCAAGGACGGGGCAGUGAUGUUGGAAGUGUCCGUGGUGAAGCGAAUAUGUUGGGAACAACUAAUCUAACAGUUUCUGAGGUUGAAUCGGCAUUCAAUGAGUUCUCCGGAACUGACUUUUAUCCGGUCUUGAAGUGGGUACAAGACUUUGAAGAAAUGGCCGAUUCAAUCGGUUUGUCAGACUUGAGAAGAUAUGUUGUUGCCAAAAGAAAACUGACAGGCCUAGCAAAAUCGUCUCUCAAUACAGUGCGGCAUGUGACGAACUGGAACGCGUUGAAGGAUUUUCUCGUUGGAGAGUUUCAUUGCCGUGAGAACAGUGCGGUGAUACACGAACAACUUCGGAAUCGUAAGAAAAGCGCAACGGAGUCAGUAUUUGAAUAUUAUUUGGUGAUGAGAGAGCUCGGUGCGAAAGCAGACCUCGAAACAGAAGCAGUCAUAUCGUACACAGUGAAUGGAAUAAUAGAUGGAAGUGCGGAGAAGACAGUGUUAUACGGUGCUAGAACUGUCAACGAGUUCAAGGAAAAACUACGUAUCUAUCAGAAUAUCAAAAAUGGCAAGGGAUCACCAACAGUACAAUCUACGGAUCGUAGUCAAGGCAGGGCCGUGAAUCGUGAUGGUGUAUUUCGUCCUAGAAGUGGUAUUGCAGAAUCAAAACGCCCUGUUUGCUACAACUGCCAAGAACUGGGGCAUGUUAUGAGAGAAUGUCCUAAGGAUAAGCGAUCUGUUAAGUUGUGCAACGCGAAGUCCGUGGUAGAUAGAGGAACAUUCUUGGCGGUUAUGAUCGGUGCUGAGCCAAAGCAGGUGUUUUUUGAUUGUGGUGCUGCAGUUUCUCUGAUUCGCGAAGACGUGCUUGAACGACUGAACCUAUCGUUAAACGAUGAAGAAAAACAAGAGUUACACACUCUUAGUGGUCCUGUUUGGACGUUAGGAACAACAGUGCUAGAGGUACAGAUCGCUGACACCAUUAUGCCGCUGAAGUUUUCAGUGAUUGCAACAGAACACUUGAAUAUGGAAAUGCUUAUUGGACGAAAUUUGCUUCUGUACGGCGAUGUGAAUGUGUCGGCAUCCGGAUCGAGAUUCUCCCCUAAAGAGGACAAUUUCGUUUACUGUAUCGAUCUUGCUCCUGAACCAGAUGAUCCCUUUUCGCAUAUUAUAAACCCAUCAGUUCGCGAACAAACGUCGAGUCUUGUGCGUAGCUACUCACCGAGAAUGUCAGCUACAUCGGAUGUUAAGUUGAAAAUUGUGCUGAAGGACGAGACUCCAAUCCAACAACUUCCACGCCGGUUAGCACCAUUGGAGAAGGAAAUCGCUCAAAAGCAGAUUGAUCAAUGGUUGGACGAUGGCAUCAUUCAACCUAGUACAUCGGAAUUCAGUAGUCCGAUUGUGCUAGCACACAAAAAAGACGGAUCUAGGAGGCUUUGCGUAGAUUACAGACGGUUGAACAAGGUUCUAGUUCGCGAUCAUUUCCCUCUGCCGUUAAUCGAAGAUAUCCUCGAUGACUUGCACGAAGCGAGGGUUUUUUCAACCUUGGAUCUGGAAAACGGGUUUUUUCAUGUACCGGUAGAUGAUUAG